AUGGCUCCAGCGCAAAGCCAUCCGAUAUUGGCUCAGUUACAGGAAGCUAGGAGCUUGACUGAGCGCACCACAGCUCUACGGGCCCUCAAGAACGAGAUCGUCGGUCACGUACAAAGAAAGGAGCAAUGGAUUGGCCUGGGCGUACUUGAACCCAUCGUCAGAACAUUGAUCGAGGCUACAUCAUCUUCCAAGCCGACUGGCAAGGAGUCUCGACCCCCUCAGUCGCAAAGGCCCUUGUCGGAAGAGGAGCACAUGCGAUUACAAGCAAUACAGUUGAUAGCCUGCUUUGCGAAUGGAGGUCCUACUUUUCUUGCGCCUCUCAGUGCCGCGCAGGCAAUCCCUGCUCUAAUGGCCAACAUAUCGCCGUUUGCCAACGCACCGCAACUUGUCGUAGCGGCACUCAAGGCACUGACUGACGUUGCCGAUGCUUGCGUCCGAGCUGCACCGUCUUCAGAUCUCAACAUCGAAACACUUGCCGCUGCCGUUUUCUUUACCGAAUACCUCGACUCGUUUGGGUCAAUGCUAUCUAUUACCUCUACAGAUAACAUGCUGCAAUCUCAAGUCACGCUUGCUGCGGGCUUGAUAUCUAGGCUCUGCCAUCAAGAGCAUCACCAACAAGCUCUGGCGACUUCCGGCAUCCUGGAUGCGUUAGCAACACAACUGGCCAGCGUUGCUGUUCUUCGCGGGGAGGUUAUCCCUGGUGCUUAUGACCAAGCACGUAAAGAUGGUCUUUCCGAAGCUUUCCCAGACCGUGCCCCCAGGACCUUGCGUCUCAGCUCGAUACUCGAGGCCAUCACUGCUAUUUUAGGAGAUUCAAAGUAUCGGGCAAACAGAUUAGCUCACUCGCCGUCCAUCCUUGCUGUUUUCCCUUCGAUAAAAUUUUACUCCGCCAAAAUUUUGGACGUGGAACAGCCAGCGUCUAAUAGUUGUCAGCAACCCGUGACUGCCAUGGAUUACAUGCUCCCAAUCAAUCUACCUCGAAACCCGUCGGCUUCGUCUCAAGGUUCACUACAAAGUGGCUCAUCUGACUCGCAAUCGUCUGGUAGAUCAUCCUUGGGCAAGUUCAGCUCAUCGGCUUUGUGGGAAACUUCUCAUUACUCACAAGUGGGAUCUAGCGAAGGAAGCGCCGGUGAUAUUGAGAGCCCCUUAAUUCCUUGGCUGGUGAAUCUAGUGAGACGGUCGGAUGAAUAUGACCGUCUUCUCGCCACAUCUGUUCUUGCUGCACUUAUUAAGGGUGGUGUAACAAGCAAGGGUUCAAGGGAAGCAAGUCUGGGCCUCCUUGUAGUUCCCCUACUAGUUGGAUUAAUCGCAAAGAACGACAAUGAGGUUUCAGACGUUAACGAGGUCGACAUCGCUACUAAGCGCACCAUUCUUGAGCGCGCGCCAGUUGUUUUAGCUCGCAUGAUUACGGACAGCGAGUAUCUUCAAAAGGCAGCUUUUGAGUGUCAGGCUGUGCCUGUCCUUAGCCAACUUCUCCAUCAUGCUUACCAGCCUGUCAAAGAAAGCGAACAGUCACACUACUGGUCACCGCAAGGAGACGUUGAAAUGGAUAUCGAGAACAACUCUCCGAUGGCUCGGCUUGGAAAGGAGGGUCAAAAUGAGCUCUUAGUUCAUCGAGUCAAAGUGCGCGAAAGCACGUUGAAGGCCAUUGCUGCACUCGCAGGGGGUAAGGAAGACUACAGGAAGGUCUUCGUAGCCAAUAGUUUGGUUCCACUUGUUGUUGAGUCGCUCUCAGAGUAUCCAAGAAAACUGCAGACAAUGAAGGAACGUGCUCCAGAAAGGACAGGAACCGAUCCCAGCAGGAACGAGGAAACCCCUGGAUAUGGUACUAAUCCUGCCUCCGUGAUCGCUGCCGGGUGCCAUGUUCUCAGGAUGCUUUCUCGCUCGGUGAGCAUCUUGCGAACAUUACUUGUCGAUUACGGGGUUGCCAUCCCUGCCUUGAGUCUCAUGAAGCAUCCGGAUGUUAACGUCCAAGUGGCUGCGACUUCCGCUAUCUGCAACCUGGUUCUGGAAGUAAGCCCAGUACGCGAGCUUCUAGAGGAAAGAGGAGUUGUGCCCAUCCUUUGCGACCACGCCCACUCGGAAAACCCGGCCCUUCGCCUCAAUGGACUGUGGGCGCUCAAGCAUGUUGUGGAUGCCACCGGGCCUGAUUUGAAGAAGGCGUGUUUAGCAAGGCUUGGGUCGCAGUGGCUGCUGCAACUCAUACGCGACGAUACAGAAGAUAUGGCUUUGCACGAGGGGAGAGACGAUGUGGAUAUGCAAACAUCUGACGAGCGACAUGGAUGGAUAUACGGCUCAAACGGAAUGCUCCAAGAACUUGACGCAGCCAACUCUUCACGGCUUCGCCAAGCGGAAGACAAACUCGCAGCGAUACGAGAGUCGGAACUAAAUCCGGCCAAGAGAGCACGGAACGAUGACUUGGCGAUUCAGGAACAAGGCCUUCAUAUGAUCCGAAACUUGAUUGGAAGACCGAGAAGUGUGCAGUCGCCAGAGACGGCAAACGAAACAUCUGAAAUGAUUGAUUUUCUGUUGCAGGAAUUUGAUUCUGCCGAAUUCUUCAACGUCCUAACGUCAAAACUACGGGCCAAGGUGUAUCGGCCGUUCAACCAUCGAGCUAUAUCAACAGGGCGAGAUACCAGGGUGUUCCAUCCCCAGGCUAAGCUUGUGGUGGCCGUGUUAUAUAUUCUAUCGCAUAUCGCGGCGAGCAUCCCGCGUCAUCAGCAAAUGAUCAUCGCGCAAACAGAUCUGAUGAAGCUGCUUGCGCAGCAAGCUAACAGCAAAGAUCGAGAAGUGAGGGUGGCUCUGUGUCACGUUAUCAUUAAUCUCACAUACAAAGACGACGACAGUGAGGCUCAAGCGUGUGCUCUCCGGGCGCAUGAACUACGAAAGCUUGGCUUCUCCACCAAAAUGGAAGCCCUCACUAAGGGAGAUGGGGAUUUGGAUGUGCGAGAACGUGCCAAGACAGCAGUGUUCCAGAUUGAACAGGCUAGUUACUGA